AUGGCUCAACUUGCUGCUCGUUCGGUGAUGGCGGCUCUCGCCAAGCGGGUCACCAACGUUUCCGCAGUCUCCACCCGUGGACUCGCCGCCGAGCCCAACCCCGAUGACUACGGACACUACCCUGACCCCCUGGAGCACGCCACUGGUCGUGAGAAGAAGAUGCUGAUUGCUCGUCUCGCUGGAGAUGAUCGUUACGAGCCAAAAGUCUACUACCGCGCUGAGCAGACGACCAAGGAAAAGCCCAACUUGAUACCGCUAGAAUCUAUCGAGCGACUUCCGCAAUUCGAAGACUUUGUGUCGCGACUCCACGCGGUGGGCCGCGCCCCUUAUAUAAUUUUCUUUGAUUCGAAUCAACUAGAAGUGACAAAGAAUCACAUCUGCAAUCUGCGACCCCUGCCCGGUGCUGUGGAGCGGUUGGCCGCCGUGGCGUUCGACGAAGCUUCUGAAGCUGCUCUUAAAUCAUUUGAUCCCACGAUUCCGAUUAUAACCGUCGACUUUUCGCUUGUUCGGAAGACACUACCCGCCGAUCUGGAGAACAAGAAAUACAUAACCUACCAACUGAUUUUGAUGUUGAGGGCGCGAGUUGUGACGGCGCUGGCCAAGCGGGGCCUCAAUUUCUGGGCAAUGCAACAGGACACCAUCUGGACGGCCAAUUUCCCGGCGAUGAACAUCGAGGAUCAAAAACGGGAAGCGAAUCUUUUAUUUGAUACAGUUGGCAACGACCAGUUCCGUAUCUACGAAAAAAUGAAAAACUGGAUCUGUGGCUCCACGGUCAUCUCUAAUUCGAACUUUUUUAUGGGCAACCGUCGCCCAGUGCCUUUCCUAAUCCAGGUGGACCACGACUCGCCGCUGCCAAAAAUGGAAUUGCUGAGGAAAUGGAACCUCGAGUUCAAAUACGCUAAUGGAACGUGCAAUCCGGAUGCGAUGAAGACUGUCAAGUAUAGAAAAGACUGCAAGGCGAUACAUGAGGUU